UGCUUAUAUCGAAAUGUGGACCAAGUGCUUGAGUUUACUCUGCCUGGGUCUCUGGAUGAGCCAGUGCGUCUCAGCGGAUUACGAUACUGAAGUGAGCAAGUUUCUGAGACACUUGGAUAUAAUACCGGAUGUAAUUGAAACUGGCCCCCAAGAGUUUCUCAAUGUCAUCUACAUGGGACACAUACGCGCAGAUCGCGGAGUUGAGCUGCAACCGAUGCAGGUGCGUGAUGUGCCCUCGGUUAAGUGGAUUGCCAACAAGGAUACCUACUACACUCUGCUAAUGGUCGAUCCGGAUGUGCCCAGUAAAAAGUUUCCCAAGUUUAAGGAGUAUCUGCAUUGGCUGGUGGUCAAUAUACCUGGCAAUCAGCUGCAACUGGGCGAUGUUCGUGCCGCCUACGUGGGCGCCAUGCCGCUCCAGGAUACAGGACUGCAUCGCUAUGUCCUGCUGCUCUUCAAGCAACCCGAUUUUACACAAUUUGAAUUCGAGAAGCUGCCCCAGCAAAAUGAUCAGGGCAGAAUCAAGUUCAACACCAAGGAGUUUGUGGAGCGAUAUAAGCUAGGAAUUCCAUUGGCUGGCAAUUUCUUUACCAGCAUCUGGAGCAAAAAUGUCUCAGCUCUGCACAAGAGCUUAUUUCAGGGCCAGGUUGACUGAAUAAAAUAAUUGGUAUUUUAGGUCAUCUUGAAAGUGAAUGAGCCGGUUUUGGCUAAUCGGAUUGCCAAAGAAAUGCAUAAAUUAAGAUAUAGCUACGCUACGAUUCCGGCUUAUUGGCAAUCCAGCAGCCUACACUGUAAACAAUUUCAAGCCAUUAGUCUUAAUUUAAAU